AGCAGGAGCCCUCAGACACCCUUGGCUGGGGGACGUAUGGCAAGGAGGGGUUCAGGAGAUUAACCCCAGCCUUUGCUGUCGCCUUGCGUUGUGUGCGGUCCGGUGAAGUGCAGCCCCCCGUCCCCAGCCCCGUGGUCUGCUCGCAGCCAUGCUCCACUCUCCACUGAAAACAGCGUUGGCGUAUGAAUGUUUCCAAGACCAGGCCAGCUCCACGCUGGCUCUGCCCUCGGACCACAAGCUCAAAACUAAGGGCACGGGAAAACAGCGGGUCCAAGAGCAAGUGAUGAUGACGGUGAAGCGGCAGAAGCAAAAGUCAUCCGUGUCGUCGAGCGUGGGACACUCCAAUCGAGGUUCCAUGUACGAUGGUUUAGCUGAUGGUUAUGGCUAUGGGACAUCCCGGGGCAGCUAUUAUACCAAAACCCAAACAGGAAACAGCAACUGGGGAUAUCCGCUGUACAACGGGACGCUGAAGAGGGACGUGGAGAACAGGCGCUACAGCUCGUACAGCCAGAUGGAGGGCUGGGGGGGCAAGCACUACAGCAAGGCUGUCUGCAGCCCCGCCAGGGCCGGCAGCGACUACUGCUUUGUGCCCAACAUCAAGAGCAGCCGUAGCGAGCCCGACCUCUACUGCGAACCACCCCGGGGCACGCUGAGGAAGAGCCAGGUCGGGGGCCGGGCAGAGCACAAGGCAACCUUGAACCGCCAGAGCAUCUACAGCAGCUGCAGCACCCAGCAAGGAACUACCAGGACAAGUAAAAAAAUGCCAGCACGAGCCCUCUCCUGCCCCUCAAGCAACAAACCCGACGUGGUCUAUGCCCAACCCAUGAUGAGCUGCAAGCAGGACAUGGUUUAUGGACAGGCUCAGUCCGGCUCCAAAAUAUGUGGUGAUGAGAUAGACGGCGGUACAAUGACCAUCCAGAAAGCCAUACAACUCCUGUGCUCCUCUGAUGACAAAUACCAGGCUAUGGGUGCUUACUACCUCCAGCACACCUGCUUCCAGGAGGAGUCUGCCAAGCAAGAGGUCUAUCGGCUGGGGGGAAUUGCCAAGCUUGUGGAGCUGCUCCGCAGCACAAACCAGAACGUACAGCGGGCAGCAGCCGGAGCCCUCCGGAACUUGGUCUUCAAGAAUCCAACCAACAAGAUAGAAACCCGGCGGCAGAAUGGGAUAAGGGAGUGCGUGAGCCUCCUGCGGAGGACAGGGAACACUGAGAUUCAGAAGCAGCUGACAGGACUGCUCUGGAACCUCUCCUCCACUGAUGAGUUAAAAGAAGAGUUGAUACAGGAGGCCCUCCCCGUCUUGACAGACUGUGUUAUCAUCCCUUUCUCUGGCUGGUCUGAUGGCACCUGCAAUAGGACAAGAGAAAUUAUUGACCCAGAAGUAUUCUUCAAUGCUACAGGGUGUUUGAGAAACCUGAGUUCUGCAGACAUGGGGCGCCAGACCAUGAGGAAUUACCCUGGCUUGAUCGAUUCAGUCAUGACUUAUGCCCAGAACUGCGUGGCUUCCAACCGACCCGAUGACAAGUCUGUGGAGAAUUGCAUCUGCAUCCUGCACAACCUCUCCUACCGCCUGGAUGCUGAAGUUCCAAACAAAUACACCCAGCUCAACCACAUGGCCCGGAGCGUUUACAUGGACAAAACUCUCACAGGCUGUUUCAACAGCAGGAGCGGUAAAAUGGAGAAUGAUGAGUACGGUGUCCCCCUUCCUGAGGAGGAUUUUAAACCCAAAGGACCCAGCUGGCUCUACCACUCUGAUGCCAUCCGCACCUACCUGUCCCUGAUGGAUCAGAGCAAGAAGGAUGCCACCCUGGAAGCUUGUGCUGGAGCUCUGCAGAACCUCACUGCAAGCCGAGGGCUGAUGUCCAAUGCAAUGAGCCAGUUGAUUGGUUUGAAGGAGAAAGGUUUGCCUCGCAUCGCACGGCUCCUCCAGUCCAACAGCUCUGAAGUUGUCCGGUCUGGGGCUUCUUUGCUGAGCAACAUGUCCCGGCAUCCUGUUCUCCACAAAACCAUGGCUCACCAGGUGCUCCCAGAUGUAUCACGUCUCCUGUCAUUCCAGUCUGGAAAUACCAACAGCUAUGGAGAGAUCAUGACAUCAGCAUGUUACACUCUGAGGAACCUCAUCAUGUCCAACCCACACCUGGGGAAGUCUUACUUGACAAGCAACAUGCUAAAUAAUGUAGUAAGCCUGUGCCGAAAUGGCUCCUGUCCAAAAGCGGCCGAAGCUGCUCGCCUCCUCCUGACAGAUCUUUGGUCAAACAGGGAGCUCCAGAGCGUGCUCAAGCAGCAAGGAUUUGAUAAGAACAUGAUGGGAUCUUUAGCUGGAACAACCUUCAGGACCCUCUCAUCCAGGUUUUAGGAGCCCCUCCACGCACCUUUAGGCUGCAGAAUUUGGAAUUGGUUCAUGUCCAGGAAGACAACCCUUCCACAAUUACUUAGGAUGUUAAAGGUGUAGAGUGUUACUGAGUUUAACUCAACUGUAAAGCAAACUAAACAUAUGGAUUUCAUGUGGAUGAUACUAAUAUUUUUAAGCAUUUUCUUCUUUUUAGGGGGGAGAAGGGACUUUUAUUGAGGUUAUACUUUCUUGAUGUCAAUAAUUAUGGUUUUGUUUUUGCAAAGAGUGUGUCUGUGUAACUAUGUGCAUGUUGCUGUGUAUGUGUGCAUGCAGGCAACAUACAUGCGCACACGUGGCGAGUAGGAUCUUCCUACAGGCUUAGUCCCCUGUCUUCCACUGAAAGUCAGUGUGAGUUGUGCAGUUUAACCCCCUUGGAGAGUUUUGUCCAAUGCCACCCAACCCAUGCACCAAAUACUGCCACACUACAGACUUGUCACAACUUAUUUUUACCCACAAGUAUAAAAAUCGCCGAUUUUAGGUCAAGUUCCCCCAUUGCAUAUGGCCGUUAUCAACAGAUACACACGAUACUCUUCUUUACAAAGGCUGGUUAUUCCUAACAUUUAUGAACACGGGCUUCUUUUCCACUUAUGAUUUUUUUUCUCCAAUGAGCUCUUAUAGUUAUUAGCAUUUUCUUUCCUGUUACGUGAACUCUUUGUCUCAAGAAGUGAACUGACGUCUGCAAAGUCUUUCCCGGGUCUCAGUAACCCUUCUCUGAAGCUACAUGUGAGGGGACAAUUACAACACAUCUCCAAAGCAUGAACACUACUGGCUCCCAAACCAUUCUGAGCACCGGAACAACUCAGUCUCAUGAUUGUACCUGGACAAACGUGGCAUUGGAGAAGUUGAACUGGAGACAGGCAAAGUGGUUUUCCCCUGGGAGCAUUGACUGCCCCACAAGAAUGAGAGAAAUGAGGGGGUAUUGAUAUGCAAAGGAAUGUAAGCACUUGUGUGAAUUCAAAUUCGGAAAUAUUUUAAUUCUUGGGAUGCUUAAUUACAUGAAUCACGCUGUGAUGCUAAAGCUGUGAUAGGCAAUUGCUGAGCUUAUCUUAGGCCAACCCACUUCUUACGGCAGGAACUGUGUGAUGAAAGAAGCUGAUCUUCCCCUGUCCAGAAGAAAAAUAUCCUCUACCUGUCCCCGGAGGGGAUGGAGCUCAGAUCCACAGGGAAAGGACCAGCUGAAGAUACAUUUGCUGGCUCUCCCCCACCCACAGUUAUUGCUUCUUCAAACAGUGCAGGGGUACAGGACCCUGUUUUGCAAAUAUCAGGGUGCAGGAGGUGCUUGGGAAGGAUGAAUUGUGAGCCUGGAAAGGGAAAAACAGUCCCAUUUCUUGCAAGUGUCAGACUCCUAAAUUGGUGGGAAACAGCAUGUCCCAUUCCUUCACAGAAAUGGGGUGAUUCGUGCCCGCUAAAGAACCGUCCAUGAAGUUCAGAUUUGAUCUGACACAGCUCUAGAGCUAAGAAACGUGGUAGCACUUGUUCGUCCCCCCUUUAGACCAUAGGGAGCACGUGUCCACAGAGGGAGAUCAUUUCCCAGCUGGUUUUUUCUUCUCUUGGACUACAAAGAGUGGCUUAAUCUUGUGCGCUUCAAUGAGAAGCAACUCUUUGCUUGCCUUCACCCACAUUCAGUCAAGAGCUUUCUGCACCGCGCUCCCAGCCAAAUGAGAGGAAAAAAAGCACCUUUGAAGUGGGAGCUAGAACCAGGAGAAUCCGGUAGGACAGUUUCAGGAGCAUUUAAAGAGCAGCAAAGGAGCCCCAGCCCGUGGGCAUGCCCUUGCCAUAUCUGCCAGCUCUUCCCUAGUUGGAUGCAUAUUCUCAGUUCAAAAUGGUUUUGGCAGGACCCAACACUGUGGAUAUCCAAAACAAUGGCAGUAUCCACAGGCAGGAUUACUACAGUUUUGGUGAAAAAGCAUGUUGCAUGCCAUUUUGCAUUCAGAUGUGUUCCUGUAAUUACACGUUCAGCAGGAGUCCUGGGAGCUAAUGUUUUUCUCCGUAAAAUUAAUUGGGGAAACCUAACUGCAAAACGUAAUGAUGGAAUAUUGAGGAAAUUCAUUCUAAUUGGCUGUUAUUUAGGCUUUAUUUUAAAGCGCUGCCACUGCUUUCAUCAGUAAUGCAGUUUGUUGAAUCACUUUAUAAGGCGCAAAGGGCCGUAGCUGGAUGAUCAUCAUCUCACAAUUAAAUUUACAAGGACUAGAGAUUUCAUUAGUAUUAGACUCCAAGAGACAGAUGCAUCAUUUUAUGAACACAGCAAAGUUGUUUUUCCAAAGCUAAUAAAAUGAUAAAAAUAAAGGUCUGUCUCCAUCCUCAGAGAUGUUCAAAACAUGACUGGGCACAACCCUAAGCAAUCUCAUCUGGCUUUGACGUUAUCCCUGCUUGGAGCUGGGCACACCAGAGAGGUUCUUUCCAAUCUCAUUUGGGUUUUAUGAUGCUGUAUGUUACUGCUUUCAUACCUCAGAAUAUAGCUAACUCGUGAGAGCAGUGGGCUGUGUGAACUGGAACCGCUCUGCCAGCCCAGGGCUAUUUUGCAGCUAUUACUUCCCAGGAAAUUCCUGAUGCUCAACUCUGUUUUCCUCUCAGUCGCUGGACUACAAACUCCACUCAAGUCAGUGAAGUGACACUGAUGCCAAAUUAUGAGAAGAGAAAGGAAAAUCAGACUUAUUGGAGUAAGUGGUGUUGCUCAUAACCAGCACUUUUGGGAGCUCAGUGAGGUUCCCUCCUGCACAGCCAGAUGCUGUUCUCACCUCCAGUCCAGUUUUUACUCUUUCAUUCUAGGGAGGUGUUCUUAAAGGCAUGUUUUAAUCUGCGAUACCCUCUUUGAUGAGCUGGUUUCCUGUUUCUUGCUUCUUUAAGAACCAAAGUAGGGUGUACCCCCCAAUGACAGGGACAAGGGCAGGUCCUCAGCAUGUAGCACAUGCCCUGGGUCACAGUGCUGGAGAAUGACUGAGGAGGGAAGGGCCAUAGCUAGCAGCACCUUUAGCUCUGCCGGCAGCAGAAACCAAAGCGGUUGGGGCCUGAUUUGUGCGCAGGACACACAACCAUGUAAAUAAAUACCACACUUGUUUGUCCUGGGCUUAGCAGAGCUUUUUGGUCUAAUUUUCUCAUGAAUGCUUUGUUUUGUUUUGUGUAUGUACAAUCCAACCCACCCCAGCAUUUCAGAAGCCUCAUGGACGAGUAGAAGGCAGUAGGCAGUUUUAUUCCUCUCUGACCACACACUAGUUUGAGACCAACUUAGCCUACCAGUCCAUAGCUAUACAGUGUAUUCUGUAAGAUACAGGUAUGUGAGAAUAAUGUAUCAGAGUUUUGUUUUGGCUGUACUGUAUGUAUUUGCUUCAUUGGAAAAGCUGAAAUCAAUAAAAAUUGCUGGAAUUUC